AUGUUCAUGUAUCAGUACAAUUUUGUAAUAUUUGGCAAGAGAUGAGAAGCCGUCAUUGUGCUUCUUUAGAUCAAAAACAAGCAAUUGGCCGCCCAUAAGUUGGGUUAUAGCUUUCUGGUUUGUAGGUGGCGUUGGGAGCUUUUCCAUGGCAUUUUCCAUUGACUUCUUUGGUGGGAGGAAAAGGCUCUCGUUCAUUUUGUAGAAAAUUGUUUACUUACUGGCCCGAAUAUCGCACACAAUGGCGCUGGUGUACAGCGAUAAGGCCAUCCUGGCGCCGAUGGUACGAUUUGGCACUUUGCCGUUUCGUUUGCUGGCUCUGCGCUGUGGAGCAGACAUCGUCUACUCGGAGGAAAUCAUCGACUUCAAGAUGAUCUCGUGCACUCGUGUGGAAAACAAGGUCCUGGGUACGGUGGACUUUGCCAUGUCAGACGGACACUGCGUGUUUCGGACUUGUGAGGAGGAGCGUAAUCGUGUUGUUUUUCAGAUGGGAACAUCCUGUGCUGCACGGGCACUGCAAAUCGCUAAACUUGUAGAGAAUGAUGUAGCUGGUAUUGACAUCAACAUGGGCUGCCCCAAGCCCUUUUCACUGACGGGUGGUAUGGGCGCUGCUCUCCUUAGCAAGCCUGAGCAAGUUCGCGAGAUUCUGUCGACUCUGGUCAAGGGUGUGAAAGUGCCGAUCACGUGCAAAAUCCGCCUUUUACCAACGCUUGAGGAGACGAUAUCAUUUGUCAAGAUGGUGGAGUCGACCGGCGUUGCGGCUAUAGCUCUUCAUGGCAGGUACAAGCAUCAGCGCAGCUCAACGGCCUGUCACGUCGACCUGAUCAAAGCAGUGGUCGAGUCUACGUCGCUACCUGUGAUUGCAAACGGUGGCUCACGUCAGAUCUCCCGUUACGACGACAUUGAGAAGUUUCGCAAAGCAACAGGAGCUGCGUCUGUAAUGGUAGCACGUGCUGCCAUGCACAACCCAUCGGUCUUCAGGAAAGAGGGGUUUCUUCCCUGGGAUGCCGUGAGCCUGGAAUACUUUCAGCUGAGUGCUCGGUACCAACCCGCGUUUGCCAAUGCAAAAUAUGGUCUCGCAGCCGGUGUUUGUGUGUCUAUUCUUCAAGAGCCUUUUGGUGAAAAGCUGCUGGCGGCUAGAACCUACGAAGAAGUGGCAGAAGCGAUGGGAUGGACUGAGCAAUAUGAUGUCAUUGAGAAAGAACUGGCCAGGAAAGAGGUUGAGCUGCAGUCAUCUCGAUUUGGCCAACCUCUAGUCGUUGGUGAUCCAGGCCGCAAGUAUGAGCAGCUACGGGCACAGCCAGAGAUUUCCGAGGAGGGGACAAUGGAAAUGCAUAUCACAUUCAAGUUGGACAACUAUCGGAACAAGCCGACGCCAAAGUCUGUUCUGCUGGAGUGGGCAAGGCGGAAUAGCAAGAAGCAGCCAGUGUUCGUCACGACGGAGAGAAGUAAAGACCGGACGUACAAGAGCGUGUGCACGGUGUCGGGUCAAGGCUACUCCUCGACGUUCUGGGAACGAAGCAAGCGGUUUGCUGAGCACGCUGCAUCGCUUGUUUGCAUCGACGUCCUCGGCAUCGAGGAACGCCGCUGGAACGAAUCCGAGCCAGCCGCCCCAGAUCAGAAUGGCUCCUCAUCCUAAAUCGUCACGGUUUAGUACGAUUGCUCGCUGUGAGGUAAUAGUAGCGCUUGUCGUUGCCAUGUGUGGUCUGUAUGGCGCAGGGUAGAGCACUCCGUUACUGAGUUAAUUCCAAACGGAGCUGUUCCACUGCGGAGCGGAUCUCUGUGGCUAUGAUUUGCAAAUGCCUUGCUUUCCACACCACUGCUGAGCGUGGAAGCAAAGAGAUGCGACGGCGCUCUCGUCCGCUCUCCUGAUAGGCAUGUGUGCCUUCUGACUGGCGUGAGUGAGUGCAUCAGAUCAGCUGCUCAUACCCCCUCAAAGACCAUCAUGUCCAGCCGACGGGCCUUCUCUGUCAUCACGAAUCGGCAAUCUGUGCACUUGCCUUUUACUUUUGCUGUACAUAGCUUGGCUAUUCUGCUUAGGCUUUUAAUUAUUUAUUUUGAAUUUUGACUUCAAAAAAUAUCUGCAACAUAUCAAACCAUGACUUUUUUUAAGGAACCUCAAACCAUCUUCUGAAAGCUUCUGUUCUUCUCGACCCUAAAAACUUAGUAAAAAGUGAAACAUAUUCUUUCAUCAAGUUUCAUGCAACAGAUACUUGAAUCAUGAAUGUAUAGGCCUUUUGCACAUUGUACAGAUGCACGAAAUCCCGUAUAAUCUUGUAGAAUCCCGUAGACCCGGUUGGGUGUUGAAUGUGCAGGACCCUAUUGUGUUUACUGCUAUUUCCACUAUGAAAUGGGCCAUGAAGGCAUUUCAUACGAAAUCUUUUUCCGGCAGAGAUCUAGCUAGUCGUUAGUUCAAUCCCAAAGUGAAGAAGGCUUGAAAAGUGAUCGUUUGCCAUGAAUUGUGAGGCUAAAUGGGUCAAACGCGCAUGUAUAGCACACAAUGAACACCCAACCGGGUAUGUACACACCUACGGCCCUAGUACAGAACUUCGUACAUCUGUACAAUGUGUAUAAGGACUAUUGCCUUGAUCCUUUUGCCAGAUGAAAGUUGUGGGCUAUGUUAUGUAGUUAUGUUACUGAUGCAGGGUGUUGAGUGAGCAGUGAACUAUUCUGCACCAGUGACCCAUACAGGCAUGUGUAUGUGUGCGCGUGCAGGUGUGUGCGGCUGUGUGGAG